UCGUCAAAACCGCUGACGGAUAAUCAUAACUGAAUUAUGGGAUAACUACUGUGGAUUUUUAAGUCUGGUUUCUACCUUCGAAAUCUAUAUUAGACGGUGCUGUCGGAGCUGUAGGGCACCCCUGUUAAUUUGAAUGGUAGAUCCCGUUGGCAUGGUGUCUCUGUAAACACAACUAGUACACAGAGCGCAUGUCCAGGGUCCUAGCGCCCGUUUGUCACUACAUCUGAUCCGGUGACAUUAUCGGCUGUGCCCGGAGAUACAGGACCUUCUCCUAUGUGAUCUCCUCCGGACUCAACCAUGUCCAGUCUCCACCACCCCAGCUGUUUCUGCUCUCGUUGUCCUGGUAACCAUCCUGGCGCUGUGGCAUUCGUGGUGGGCACAUUGGAUGGAGAUCCGGUGAAAUUAAACCUCCUGAAGGAUUACGUCUCAGACGCUCUAUACAACUUGGUCCACAGCUUCAGAGCGUCAUCGUUCAAUGUCAUCUGCUUCUCUGAGGAGAUUUCUAAGUGGUGUGACCGCUCGGUGACGUGGACCCCAGAGACCGCCAGUCAGGCCAUAUCCUGGAUACGGACACUUGGCUGUGAUGCUGGUGCCGACCCUACUAAAGCCUUGGCUGCGGCCUUCGAGGACCCGUCAUGUGGGGCCGUGUACUUGGUGAUGGACGCUCUGCCACCCCGGACUCUACAGGAUAUAUACGACUUCCUGUCCAGAGAUGAGAACCCCUGCUCUGUGAAUGUGGUGUACCUACUGGAGGGGCCGCAGGAUCGGAGGAGAGAGGGGACAUUCAGGACCAUCAAUCUAAAGCCCCUCAGAUCUUCACAUAAGACCAUGGUUAAUGGUUAUCAGAGACCUAGUUAUUAUUAUCCAUCAUCAUCAUCCUCAUCCUGCACAUUUUCUACAGUAGUCUCCUCUGAGCCUCAGCUGGAACCCAUCAGAUGUUGUGGUCAUCAAAAAGAACCUCCUCCAUUAAGUGCAAGCCCUGUGCAAUUGGCACCAGAAGCAUUGUGUCUGUUGAGAGGGGCAAGGGUACUGGCCCGUAGAGAUACAGAUGGACUUUACUACAUGGGGCACAUAGCCCGUGAGGUGGAGGGUACCAGUGAACGCUUCCUUGUGGAAUUCGAGAAAUGUCGCUCAUUGAAAGGCAAAAGUCAGUUCCGUAUGCAGGAAACACCUGUCUGUGAUAUCAUCCACUAUGAGGAUGCGAGGUGGAGACCCCUAGUUCCGGGAGACCAUGUUUUAGCACCAUUAGAUGCAAAGAUGGAGCACUAUGGACCUGGUACUGUUCUGCAAGGAACGGAAAACCGAGCGCGUGGCUUAGCUUUUGACAGCACUGGAGUCCUGGUAACAUUUUGGAAUGGGAAGACUAAACAAGUUCCUCCUGGACUGGCCAUAUGGAUCCCUCACAGCUUAAGUGACCGCAUCACCUUGGAGCUCUAUAUUCCUCCAGAAUCCCGGAAGAAGCUGAUAGAAUCCUGCACCAGUUUCCCCUUUAUGGAUAUAAGCGAUAGAAAUCAAGAAUACCAGAAAGAAGUAAAAUGUAAUACCCCUGAGUCUCAUACGUGUUUAUAUUGUGGACCCAAUACUGGUGUCUGCCAAAAAUGUCGGGUGCCCGAGGAGUUAUGGGUGGCCCUGAGGAAUUCACUGAACCACAUCAACCGAAUCACAGCAAGUGAAGACAAAGCUUCCAAAAAGGUGGAGAAGACGCCAAGAAAUGAUGUAGAAACUGGCAAGGAGAAACACAAACCUCAGAAGAGAAGCAUACGAGACCAAGAAGACCACCAGACUAGCACACAUAAAGAACCUCUCACCCGUAGUCGAGAAACUCAGGCGGAAAAAUUCACCAAAGGAGAAGGUGAUGCAACGGUUUCAUCAGAUAAACCUUCAGCUUCAAGCCUUGGCAACAUGACUCAUCUACAAAAAACUUUGCAGCGCAUAGAAAAGGCAAUGAAAGAAGAUCGCACAGCUAUGGAGUCUAUAAUUCUGGAGUGGAGGCCACGUUCUGCUCCACUGAAACUAAAUUAUGAAGCUAAAAUCAGAAGCAAUCAGGAGCUGAGAGAACAGAAGGAGGCGGCAGCGGUAGAACUGCAGAGGAUGCGACUAGAGGAGAGACAGAUGAGAAAGGAAGAGAAGAACUGGGAACUGGACCAGAGGGAACUGAUGCUUCAGGAUAACAGACGACUCCGGUCACAGCAAAGAAUUUUGUUCGACUUGGAGAGGAAACAAGAUCAGGAGGGAUUGGGGGUCCAGCAGGCAGAAUCUCGCAGAGCUGCAACUGAAAAGAGGAGCCGCAAAAAAGAUGACGACCUGAGGAAGGAAUGGAGGAAAGAGGAUCAGAAACUUCAGUUCUGGAGUGAUCUUCGUCAGCAGCGAGAGAAUCUAGAUCUGGAGAAGAUCCAAAGACAGCAGGAGAAAGAAGAGAAACAUAAGGAGCAGGUCUACAACCAGAUGAUCACACAACAAAGGCAACAAGAGGCAGAUCUCCAGGAGCGGAGGACACACCAGCAACUGCAGGAGAGAUCCAAGCAAAGAGUCUCCAGGAGACUGGAGGAAUUCUACCAACAGGCCGAGCAGGAGUCUCAGAAGGACAAGGAUUUACAGCAAUAUCUUAAGGAGCACAAUCUGCAGGCUCUUCGAUCCGCCAUGGUUCUUUAAGGCCUGCACUAUGAGGACAUCUGCUUGUAUUGUUUUAAAGGGGUAAAUUAACUGGUGCCAGAAAGUUAUACAGAUUUGUAAAUUACUUCUGUUAAAA